UACCAGUGGCAUCCCAUCCAUCAUCAAUCGCGAGAAAAGCGACUACAUCCCCAACAACCGACCAACGUACACUUCAGCUCCCACAAUGGCCACCGCAGUUGUUAGCCCUUCCUCGAUGUACUCGAGCGGCCCUCCGCCAUACUCGUCAGGUUGGCCAGGACCAACUGGACAUUCCAUGUCUGGUCUGAUAUCCCCUCCAGAUUCGCGGCGGACUUCAGACAACAAAGCAGAACCUCCGCCGCCCAUUCAGACGUCACAGCCCCAUCGACAAUCCCUCCCUUCAAUACACGAAGCCCUCAGCAACGGCCCCAAGGCAAACCCAUAUGCUUCUCCGGUCUCCGCCUCCCUGCCUCCGUCACAUCAACUCCCAUAUUCCCAAUCGCAAGCACCAUCCAUACCACGGUCUUAUCCACCUGCUGACCACGCAACAUACCCUACACAGCCUGCUCCUUCACAACCAAGGCAGCCCUCUCCACCGCAACCGGUUCAUCCCCAACCAAACUCGUUCUCACGACCUGAGCAAGGGCCCGGGACCUACGCCGAGAUUCCACGACACCCCUCAUUAACCACACUUCAAGCCGCCCCCGCUCCGCACAAUCCGUACGCUGCGCCCACACCCCGAUAUGAGCCGGCAAGAUAUGAACCAGAUCCUCGAGCUCCAGAGCGAGCACCGAAUGGAUAUCCUCCAGCCCCACCACAGCAACCGCCUUCAUACGUUUAUGGCCCGGGCCCAACUCAGAUGCCACCGGCCGGAUACCAAGGCCCACCACUCAACCAGCCGCGGUACUAUCCCCAGGAUCGACGAGAAUCGGAAGGCUGGAAAGAAGGCGAGAAGGGUGAAAUAGGUGGUCCUUUCAAGCUUGGAUUGAAGAGACGAUUAGAUGUGUGGGAUUUUGAGAUGAAUCUAUCCGAGGUAGGCAAGAUCGUGGACGGGGGAAAGUGAAACGAUAUUGACGCCCUCCAGAUCAACAUCAUGAGCGCA